AUGAAGACUAUAGCAGACGACAGUAGUGGUCCAAAGUGGAUAAUACAGGGGCUCUAUGGACGCCAAGAUGAACUUGAUAUGCUCAACAAAAUUGCCGAAGGGGGAACUUCAGCUUGUGUCCUAAUUGAAGGAUGCGACGGGUCCGGGAAAACAGCCUUGGUGAAUGCAGCGGAUUGGAAAGGCAAAGAAUGGGUCUUCAUCGCUGAAAAAUUUGAAAGUCAUCUAAGAUUAGAGCCUUACUCUGCAUUGACCAGGGCCAUCGCUGAGCUCGUUGAGAUAUGGUGCGCAGAAAACGAGAAAUCACCUGAUGAUUGCAGGAUGAGCGAGCUCCUGGAUCUGUUAGAACAAGAUAUGGACCUGUUGCAAGCUUUAAUCCCAGGGCUCUUCAGAGUCAUCGACAAGUUCACUCAGCGCGUCCACCGUUCAAGAAGGCAGGACAUGCUUCGAGCCAAAUCUAAAGGUCAUAUUUCCAGAUCUCAGAAAAUGCUUCAUAGAACUUCAAGCAUCAAGGAUCUCACAAGUUCCCGUCGUCAACGUGGACAACUUGGAGACGAAAUGAUGGGAGGAGAUUCGGCAGCCAUUACUGCAUCAUUUAUCAGAUUGAUUUCAUUUUUGGCUUCUACUAAGCCCGUUGUGCUCUCGAUCGACGCUGUCCACCACGCAGACACUUCGUCAAUGGAAAUCCUCAAGCUUAUGGCGCACACUGCUUCCACCAAUCCUGCGAAGUUCAGCAGCACUCAGAUAAUCUUGGUAUUGACCUACACAGAACUCCUGGAACAAAAUAAGUUUGCCCUCAAGACAAUCAAAAGCAUCAAGACGUUCCAGUCGAAUGUUCACUGUGUGCAAUUAAAACAUUGGGAUAUCGACACAGUGAACGAGCUUGUGACAUCAUUGGUCAAAGCUGAACCAGAAGAAACUCUACCUCUUUCCAAGGUUAUUCACAAGAAAACAGGGGGGAACCCAUUCGCAGUAUUCCAGUUUCUACGCGUUGCCCGAGAGAGUGGAAAAAUCAAGUUUUCUUCGAUGACUUACAAGUGGGAGUGGGAAGACGUCGAGAUACUGGACCAGCAUGCUGCUGUAUCAGAUAAUGUUGCUGAUAUACUAGCGUCAUCAAUGAUCAAGCUGUGUUUCGCCACUAAACAUGCGCUGAAGGUGGCAUCGUGCUUGGGACAUAUAAUUCCCAAGGAUGUUCUCAUAGAAUACUUUGCCGAGGGUCAUGGAGAAGAAUUCAAACAAUCAUCGAAUUCCAAUGCCAUCGCUCUUCAAGAAGAAGGACUAGUGGAACUUCUCGAAGGGGCUGUAAAGGUUGGCAUUCUCGUCAAAUCGACGACAGAUGGCGCCUACAUGUGGUCCAACGAUCGGUUGCAACAAGCGGCAUAUGACUGCAUGCCAGUAACCAUGCGAAACGAGCUACACCGGAAUCUCGGUAGGCUUUUAUGGGAAUUGGGUCUUGUGCGCGACGAGGAUUGGAUGAUCUUCAUGGCAGCAACUCAAAUGAACACGUAUGCUGAACAACAAGUCGACUUGUGUUUAGGUAAUGAAGUAGCUGAGCUGAACUUGCAAGCAGCAACUCUUUCGUUGAACAAGGGUGCAAUAUACCCAGCCUUGGAACUCUUGUUGAAUGCAGAGAAGCACAUGGAGAAGGCGACCGAUCGAUGGAAGGAUAAUUAUGAAUUUACUCUUGAUCUCUUGACGACAUUGGCUGAGGCCAAGUUUCGUAUUGGCGAGACCCAGACUGCUAUGGACAUAGCCAUUGAAGUCGUCCAGAAUGCGAAGACGCACUGCGAUACAUUCCCAGCGCAUAUCAUCAUGCUGCAGUGUGUCGUUUCUGGAAAUGAUCGGAACUACGAUAAGGGUGUUGAGAGAACUCUAUUACUCCUGAAGUUUUAUGGUGACAAACAUAUCUGGAAGUUUUAUCCUGGUAAGGAGACUGUCGAGAAGACGAAGCUAAAGGCGAAAUUGAAGAAGCUGCUCCCGAAUGGGCAUGUGAAUGGUCUUCUGGACCUUUCAGAAAUGGUCGACAAGGGAGCGCUGAGAAUACAAACGUUGCUCGUGAACCAUCUAGCCGUGUACGCUGCCUACAGCCCAACAUACAAAUCGCUAAGCUGGUUUGCAAGUGCCCGUGCGUUGAAGGGUACUUGUAAGCAAGGCAUCAGUCCAGUCACAAAUCUUGCUGUGAUCCAAAUGGCGACCCAUUUGAGAGUUGAUGGGCAUUAUAAGUCAGCUUCAAAGUAUGCGGAGGUGGCUCUGACGCUGACUGAAAGUCUACCACGCAAGCUUGGAUCAGAUCAUGGACAGGUGCGGCUGACUGCAUGUACAAGCGUUCUCAGUGCUGUACGAUCCUUCAAUAAUUGCCUAAAUGAGUUGAUGGAAUGCCGCUCAGACUUUCUGAGAGCUGGGCUUGCGAGAGAAUCCAUUGGGGUGGCCAUCGACUAUACAAUUACGUAUCUAUGCGUCGGCCUUUCUCUUGAAUCAGCAAAGUCCGACUUGGUAGCACACACAGAGGACGCCAUACACUAUGGCUGCCCAUAUUUUGUUGAACAAAAGAUGAUGAGUCUUCAUCAAACGAUUCUGAACCUUACUGACGAUGUCGAAAACCCAACUUUUCUGCACGGUGAGGUUAUGGAUCAAGACGACGAACUUGAAAAGGUCGAAGGGCUUGGUGCUCUGCGCAUCCGGCUUGGUAUGGACGCGUGUCGGCUGAUGCUGUGUUGUGUCUUUGGUGAUUGGGACGCUGCCGGGGCUUUGAUUGAAGACUUGGAAGAAUACAUGGAUGAAAGAGAUGGCUUUCUAAUGCGGGAUCAUUUCCGUCGGUGCUAUUUGGGAUUAGCUGCCUUUGCCUUGAGUAGGGAGACAAAGGAUUCAAAACUUCGAAAGAAGUAUUUGACGGAAGGGAAGAAGAUGCUCAAAUCGUUUAUUAAAGAAAUGAAGCACGGAUCCGUGAAUGCGUUUCCUAUUGUUGCCAUGUUGGAAGCGGAGAAAAACCCUUCGAAGCAGAGCUAUGACAAGGCAAUCACGGCCUGUGCGCGACUUGGAUUGGUUCACCACGAAGCGUACAUGUGCGAACGAGCAGCUGAAAUGUUCCUCGCAGAAGACGACAAAGACUGGUGCAAGUAUUACAUCAGACAAGCGAUCCUUUUGUAUGGGGAAUGGGGUGCAACAGGCAAGGUGAACCGGCUGACUAAAGAUUACAGGGAGAUCCUGGGGGGAGACUCAAUACAAGAUUCAGUGAAUACAUCACUGCAAAGUCGCUGUCGAUAUUCAUCGAAACAACUCGACUCGCUUCGAACAAUCGAUUGGCGAAGUUUCCACAAAUCAGUGCAUGACAACAGCAUAGACUUCAGCAGCAGCUUCAGGAGUGUCACAUCAGCUAGUACUUUCGAGGCCAGCGACAGAAGCUUUAGCAGCUCCAAGUCGAAGAUCAACUCAAGCUUCAGCAACACCGUGAGCUCGAUCAAGUCACGAACGAAGAUGAGCUCUAUGAGCACCAAAAGCUCCAAGGCGGUGCCUUGUUCGUAA